AGUCUCUCUCUUUCUAUAAGACAAAUACAAGCAAAUACAACAAAAAUGUCCGACCCCACCAUCACCAUCCACCACCUGCACCUUUCCCAAUCCGAGCGCGUCCUCUGGCUGUGCGAAGAACUCAACCUCCCGUACAAUCUCAAAUGCUACCACCGCGACCCCGUGACCUCACAAGCCCCAGCUGCGUAUCGCGCCCUCCACCCAGCCGGUACGAGUCCCGUCCUCCAAGACGGCUCCGCCACCCUCGCCGAAUCCAACGCCAUCUUCGAAUACGUCCUCACCAAAUACGACACGCGCGGUACUCUGGCUCUCGCGCCCACUCACCCCAAAUACCCGGAUUAUGUUUUCUGGCUGCACCAUGCCAACGGCAGUAUCAUGCCUGCGCUUAUUCACUUGCUUUUUGCGCAGACGGGUGCCUCGAGUCGUUCUGGUUCCGACAGUCCCUCUUCCGGGGACCAAGUCACCACCCUCCUGAAGGAACGGCUCAGCCGCAGCUGGGCCUUGCUUGAGGCCCAGCUGGCGAAGUACCCGUAUGUUGCGGGCGAGACGCUCACAGCGGCGGAUUGCAUGCUGGUGUUUGCGCUCACGACGUUUCGGUUGUUUCUGCCGUUUAGUUUGGUGGAGUAUCCGAAUGUGGUGGCGUAUUUGGGUAGGGUUGCUUCCCGGCCGGCAUACUUGGCGGCUAUGGAGAAGGGGGAUCCUGGGUUGAAGAGGCCUCUAGGAGCGAUGGUUGGGCACGAUUCCUAGGCUACUUACCGUAUGUGUGGCUUUAACCUUUGUAUCUCUAGGGUUAGAUGUCGGCCUCGAGUUGUAAUGUAG